GCGUGGGGUGUUGGCCUUGGAGAAAUGUGGAGGUUAGCUGCAGAGCUGAAGCGCGUCCACGAGGAGCUUCAUUCUGCAGAAUCUACACAGCCUUCCUCCCCACACGUCGACCAGAAGCUCAGGCCUUGGGAAAUCAGACUAAGGACCGAAAUUCCUCAAGGAGUCACUCAGGAGCGAGCUCUGACCAGUCGGAGGGAGUGACACAUCCCUGUUUGGCCCCUCCCUCCUGCCCAUCCUCGCUUUCCCCGCGUGCUUGCACGCAGUUGGGCGGCGGUGAUCCAGGGGCUGUGCCAGAGGCAAGCCUGUUGGGUCUAAAGAAAAAAAGUCAGGCAAAGUCACAGCAUUAAGACUGUUGCCUUGAAGAAGCGAGUGGAGAAUUGUGAGAAGAUGAACGGACCGGUGGACGGCUUGUGCGACCACUCUCUGAGUGAGGAAGGGGCCUUCAUGUUCACAUCGGAGUCUGUAGGAGAGGGGCACCCAGAUAAGAUCUGCGACCAGAUCAGUGACGCGGUGCUGGACGCCCACCUCAAGCAAGACCCCGACGCCAAGGUGGCCUGCGAGACGGUGUGCAAGACGGGCAUGGUGCUGCUGUGUGGGGAGAUCACCUCCAUGGCCGCGGUGGACUACCAGCGGGUGGUGAGGGACACCAUCAAGCACAUCGGCUACGACGACUCUGCCAAGGGCUUCGACUUCAAGACCUGCAAUGUGCUGGUGGCACUGGAGCAGCAGUCCCCGGACAUCGCCCAGUGUGUCCAUCUGGACAGAAAUGAAGAGGACGUCGGUGCUGGAGACCAGGGCUUGAUGUUUGGCUAUGCCACGGACGAGACUGAGGAGUGCAUGCCCCUCACCAUCGUGCUCGCGCACAGGCUCAACGCCCGCAUGGCCGAGCUGAGGCGUGCCGGGGUGCUGCCCUGGCUGAGGCCGGACUCCAAGACUCAGGUGACCGUCGAGUACGUGCAGGACAAGGGCGCCGUCAUCCCCGUGCGCGUCCACACCAUCGUCAUCUCUGUGCAGCAUGACGAAGACAUCACGCUGGAGGACAUGCGCAGGGCCCUGAAGGAGCAGGUGAUCAGGGCCGUGGUGCCGGCCAAGUACCUGGACGGGGAUACCAUCUACCACCUGCAGCCCAGCGGGCGGUUCGUCAUCGGAGGUCCCCAGGGCGACGCGGGCGUCACCGGCCGUAAAAUCAUCGUGGACACCUACGGCGGCUGGGGUGCGCACGGUGGCGGGGCCUUCUCCGGGAAGGACUACACCAAGGUGGACCGCUCUGCGGCCUACGCUGCCCGCUGGGUGGCCAAGUCCCUGGUGAAGGCGGGGCUGUGCCGGAGAGUGCUGGUGCAGGUCUCCUACGCCAUUAGCGUGGCUGAGCCGCUGUCCAUCUCCAUCUUCACCUACGGAACCUCCGAGAAGACAGAGAGGGAGCUGCUGGAUGUGGUGAACAAGAACUUCGAUCUCAGGCCUGGCGUCAUCGUCAGGGACUUGGACUUGAAGAGGCCCAUCUACCAGAAGACCGCCUGCUACGGCCACUUUGGGAGGAGCGAGUUCCCCUGGGAAGUUCCCAAGAAGCUUGUGUUUUAGAGGCUGUGCAGCUGGGCCGGCCUCACGGCGGAGGCCCAGGGCGGCAGCAUCCUCUUCUCCAGGGUCCCGACUCCCAGAUCUCCCAGCCCCUGGGCCACUCACCGCCCGCCGGGCACGCUUCCCCUCUGUCUUGCCCCCUCCCUGUGCUUCCUCCUCCCGGGUCCCCUCCCCGGCAAAGCCAGCUGCCUCUGAUCGAGCCAUCCCCUGUCGUCGCCUGAAUGGCAUGAGGCAGGGGCCUCCUGUGCCAGGGCCAGGUCCCCUCAUGAGGAUAGUCACGAGGUCCCCGGCCUCUCCCUCAGACCCAGGCGAUGUUCACUUAGGGAACCACCCCUGUCAGGAGUACAUCCCCCACUCGCCUCCCCCCACAGCCUGACCCUGACCAGCUCCCUCCGCCCCUGCGUGUGCCCUGGCCACUGCACCUCAAACGUCUGGAGGCCCCGUGUGGGCCUGGGUGUGCUGGGCCUGCCCUUGAGUCUGCGGCCAGCACCUGAGCCCAGGCAUCACACAGGCCUGCCCGGGCUGGGCUCCAUGGGGAGCAGAACAGGGCCCACGUCGCCCAAGCGUCUCCACCUGUAGGGGCUGAGCUAACCUGAUCCCAUUUCUUCUUCACUGCAACACAAUGGGGAGCACCUUGCAUAAUCCCAUUUAUGAAUGGGGAAACUGAGGCACAGGUCAUCUAGGCAACUUGCACAAGGUCCCACUGCCGCCUGUGUCAGAACCUAGAUAGGAGUCCAGGAGCUUUGCCUCAGCAGUUCCCCCCCUCCAUCUCAUGCCAGAAGCAAGCCCUGAGGAGGCAGACUGAGGCGAGGCUGUGGCCUCUGCCCCAAGAGCCGAGGCUGCCCCCGGCGAGCCCUGGGCAGGGGUCUGCAGAGUCAGCACAGAACCAAAGACUGUUGCAUUUGCCUCCUCGUUUUCAGAAGUGGGUUCAGGGUGGGCGGGGCGUCCUGGCCUCUGGGACCAGGCUGGAGUUUGGGAUCGAGGAGCAGCCAUAGAAUCCUGGCCCCUGACCACUCAGGGCCACGUGGGGCUUGGACUUCUGGACUUCCGGGGUCAGUGGUCCAAGUCGAGUCCUGUCCCCUCUGGGCUUCCCGGAGCUGGAGAAGCAGCUUGUCCUGGCAUGGGCAGCCCGCUCCUUAAAGAAGGGGCUGCAAGUCUUCAAGGCUUUCUCUCUCUUUGGCCUGCUCCCUCCGCUGCGGUCCGAGCGCCAUGGGAACACAUGGAUGAGCCCUCAGACCCCCCUGCAUCGCGCCUCCGGGCUGGCUCUCCAUCACGGGAAAGCUGCUCUGGGGGGCAAGCACCCACAUCACCGUCACCAUAAUGUCCCAGCGUGCCUCCCCCAGGUCCCCUCCCUCUCAGCAGACGGAGGCACAGGGCCGUGCUCCUCCUGCUCAGGCAGGUUUGAAGUGAAAAUUAAGGGUUUUAUACUUUCCCCCACCCCCUAAAAAACAGCAUCUUUUUUUGCCAACAUUGUUUAUAUGAGGCUAGAACCUUUAUUGACAGCUCCCGCAGGGACAGUGAAUAAAAACCCAAGGAGCAAGUGCCCUAUGCUGUCUUUGUCCACAAACCCAGAAGCCUCCCCUCCAGGUGGCACUGCCUGCUUCCCCGUCUCGCGGCAAAGUGCGUCCUCUCCUCGGUCCUCUCCUCGGUGCCCGCCUGGGCCAUCUGUCCUUGUGGGCUCCUCCACUGGUGCUGUGCUGAGUCACCCUGUCCGUCUGUGGGGGGCUCCUCCCCAGUGCUGUGCUGAGUCGCUCUAUCUGUGGGGGGCUCCUCCCCAGUGCUGUGCUGAGUCGCUGCGUUAACGUGUUUAUUCCGCACCGUGCUCCUCCGAGGCAGACACUCCUGGGAAACCCACAUUGCAGGCGGGGAACCUGAGGCCCCUGGACGGUCAGGGCUGUGACGGGGGCACCUGGCUGGCGAGUGGCCCACUCUCCAGGUGUCCCCUCUCCAUCACCAGCAUGCUCCCCUUCAUCCUCGUCUGUAUUCCCUUCUCCCGCCCCGUCCUCCUAUUUUCUACAGUAAGACUGGCACAAGGUGGGCGUCCGGUGGUGUUGGCAGAAUGGCCGAAUGAGUGACUGAAGUCAAGCGAAGUGAGCGAGUGAGGGGUUUGGUCUGCAGGGAGAUGAGCCAAACCUUUAAAUGGGUGUGCGUGUCCCUGUCGCACAUUUAGGGGGAUGACUCACACUGGUUUUGGUUAGACAGUGUCCCUGCCAUGGCCCCCAAGAGGCAGUCCUGAGAGCUGGAGCAGGUGGGGUGGGACCUGUGCUGUCCCCUGCAGGCAGAGACAGGAUCUGUGCCUGGAGAAGCCACGACCCUGGCUGUGCAAUGAAAGACUUUUCCUAGAAAAUAAUGCACAUUUUGUAAGAACACAUACGAACAAAAUGACACACAGGGAACGUUGGAACACUUGCCUGUGAUGGAAGGUGGUGAAAGAAUGGGCUUUGUGGGCAGAAAAGGCCACAUAAUGAGUGAAAGCCAGAAGGAGAAGCAACUUCUGAACCAUGACACCUCGAGUGUCAGAUGUGCUGGAAAUGUGGAAGAGCAAGCAAGAUGCAGGGAGCGGCCGGGGGUAGGAGGAAAGCCAGGAGAGGGGAGCCAAGUGGAGACUGUUGCUAGGAUUGGGAGGGUCACCCAUGAGCUAGAUGAUGUGAGGCCUCGGAGUGUCCAGUGUGGUCAGCCGUGUGGAGGUUGUUGGUGACCUGGGAAAAGGAGAGUCGUUAAGAAAAUGUAAAUAUGGCCGUGUGCCCCACCCCCAACUGUCAUCCAUUAGUACCUCUAGUACAUUCUGAAUAAAGUUCAAGGUGCGGGACUAA